AUGGUGGAACUGAGACUCCAUCUGCUUGCGAGCCAAACCAACCCGGGCCUGGACCUUGGGGGCUUGCACAUAUGUGUUGUUAAAAUGAUGGCAUGCACGGUGUCCGAGGACAUCAACCUCAACAAAUCCGGUCCAAGCCCAAUUAGGAACUUAAUUAUGGUGGCUCCAAAGGUUGAAAUCGCCAAGAAAAAAAGCAACCUACUCUACCUUAUCUUAGGUGGGGUUGCUUUUAUCAUCUUCUUUGUCAUAGCUAUCUCAUUUUAUUUGGGCGUUCUACCUCUUCCACAUAAGCCUCAAUUUAUCCUCGAGGACACUACUCUCUGUGGCUUGAAAUUUUCAGCUCCAAACUUGCUAACUUGUAACCUCCAGGUCACUUUAUCUACAAGAAACCCUAACACCAAUUAUUUGAUAUCCAUUGAAAAGCCUGAUGUACGUGCAUUCUAUCAAAACCAACAGAUAACUGUAGCAACUGAGCUGCCUAGGACUUACCUAAGCCCCAAAAAUAGCAUUAAAUGGCCUUCGUUUCUGUAUGGUAAUGAUGUACCAAUUACUCCACAUGCGGCUGCUAAUUUGAUGGUAGACUUGAAUGAUGGCAUCUUGCCACUGGAUAUCAAGGUUGAUGCGGGUCUAAAAUGGAAGAUUAGCUCAUUCACGUCUGGCAAAUAUCGAUUGACGGUGAAUUGUCGGGCUGAUAUUUCUCUCGGUGGACAGAAUAACGGCACCAGCUUCGAGUUAGGAACCAAGUAUGUGUUGGAGCAACCUUGUAAAGUGCAAAUUGAGAAUAAUUGA